AAGCUAUCUGGCGUCCAUGAGAUGUGAGUUGUGGGCAUGAACCACACCGGCUCGUGUGCUUUCGUCUCAUCGAUGCCGUCCAAUCAGACUUCGCUAAAUCGAGACACCGCCAAGAUCAGAUUGUGAGACGCGCUGCUGUAGCGAGGCUAGCAGGGGGAGCAUAGCGGAGGCUAACAGGCGACUUGCUAACUCGUGAAGUGCACCGGGGUCUGAAAAGUGUCAAAAAGAAGAAUACUUUCUUUUUUAACCUGAAGCUCAACUCCUCCGGUCCUUUGGGAUCAUGGCUAAAGAUGUUGGUCUGAUAGAAACAAACGGAGAGCUGAAGGUUUUCAUCGAUCAGAAUUUGAGCCCUAGCAAAGGUGUCCUAUCUUUGGUAACUGUCCAGCCUACAGGUGCCCCCGUGGCCAAGCAGCUUCUACCCAAAACUCUUGGGCCAUCCAAUGUAAACAUUGCUGCACAUAUGCCACACAUGGUGAUAGGAACCCCACAGAGGCCUACUGUAUCUAAUACCAUUUUGGUAAACAGUCCACAUACGCCCAGUUCGCAGUUCCUCACUCAGAGUCAACCUUCAGACGCCUCUCCCUGGUCAUCAGGAAAACGGGGUAAGAAAGGGGAAAAGAACGGGAAGGGCCUGAGGCAUUUUUCCAUGAAAGUAUGUGAGAAGGUGCAGAAGAAAGGCGUAACCACCUACAAUGAAGUGGCAGAUGAACUGGUUGCAGAAUUCAGCUCUGCGGACAGCCACAUGUCGCCCAAUGACGCACAUGUGUAUGACCAGAAGAACAUUCGGCGGCGCGUUUACGAUGCACUUAAUGUUCUUAUGGCCAUGAACAUUAUCUCGAAAGAAAAGAAGGAAAUCAAAUGGAUUGGCCUUCCCACAAACUCUGCGCAGGAGUGCCAAAACCUAGAGGUGGAGAGACAAAGGCGGCUGGAGAGAAUUAAGCAGAAACAAUCGCAACUUCAGGAGCUCAUACUGCAGCAAAUAGCUUUUAAGAACCUGGUUCAGCGGAACAGACAGACGGAGCAGCAAGCAAACAGACCUCCACCUCCCAACUCCAUCAUCCACCUCCCCUUCAUUAUUGUCAACACCAGCAAGAAAACGGUCAUCGACUGCAGCAUCUCCAAUGACAAGUUCGAGUAUUUGUUCAAUUUCGACAGCAUGUUCGAGAUCCACGAUGACAUCGAGGUGCUGAAGCGUAUGGGCAUGGCUUGUGGUUUGGAGGUGGGAAAGUGCUCUCCAGAAGAUCUGAAGGUUGCACGUAGCCUGGUGCCCAAAGCUCUGGAGCCCUACGUUAUAGAGAUGGCAAAGGGUCCCAUCAGUAACGUCUACAUCACUGGAGGUUCCUCAGCAAAUGGAACCCGUUACCCUGCAAGCAGUGACGGCUGCACUGACGGCACCAUGGCCUCCAGCUUGAAUGACUCUCACUACAGCGGGUCCCGUGUGGAGACCCCAGUGUCUUACAUGGGGGACGAGGACGACGAGGACGAGUAUGACGAAAACGACGACGAAGACUAACCCGCCUGCGCCGCGCCACUCCCAACAAGCACAGUCCUUCAAACCACCGUCACCGCGGGGGAUUUAGACCCCUUUCGUGUUUGUGCUCCUUCAACCCUCCCACCCCCC